AGGGAGAAGAUCGAUUGGCUACCGCUUUCAGAAUAAAAAUCAAGGGUCUGGACCAAACGCUCCAAUAAACAUCGAGUACAGGGAUGUGGAUGAGGCUCCAAGUGGGUCCAGAAUUCCUUGGGCUCUAAUAGGGACAAGCGCUCAUCGAAUCAAAUAUCACAUGACAUUGUUCCACGUGAUGGAUCUCUGGCAGCCCAGCCGGAGAAACCUUGUUCCAAACAGCCCGUUCACGGUUCUAAGCGAUAUCAGAAUUUUGGUGAAGGCUCCCCACUCCGGCCAGCGCACAUCUUCGACCUCCAUUCCCUCCACCACAACGCACACACGCUGCUCCUGUCAUCCAUCUAUCCAUCCAUCUUCCUCAAUUCGCACCACAUCGAUCCUUUCGAAGUUGGACAAUCGCAGCCAUGGGAGGAGUCAACGUUCGUGAUGUCGAUGCCGCCAAGUUCAUCGAGGCUUAUGCCGCUUUCUUGAAGCGACAGGGUCGUCUUCCCAUUCCAGCCUGGACUGAUACCGUCAAAACGUCAAAUUCCAAGGAGCUCCCUCCCCAGAAUAUCGACUGGUUCUACAUCCGCUCCGCUGCCAUCGCCCGCCACGUCUACCUCCGAAAGACCGUCGGCGUCGGCCGUCUACGAAAGCUUCACGGCGGUACCAAGAACCGCGGCGCGCGCCCCUCGCACCACGUCGACGCUUCCGGAUCGGUCGACCGCAAGGCCAUGCAGGCGCUGGAGAAGAUCGGUGUCCUCGAGCACGAUGAGGAGAAGGGUGGCCGGAGAAUCACCCAGAGCGGGCAGCGGGAUCUGGACCGGAUCGCCAUGAGCACGCUGGAGGCUGAGGAAGAGGACGACGAGUAAAUGGGUGGAUCGUUGUUCGUUCGAUUUCUGAAACAUGGGGAGGAAUUUUACCACCCCAGGUCACGGUUGCAUGGUGUUCACUGCAUAAAAGGAUAGGGCAAUGGAAUCCAUGA